UUCCCUGCAGUGUGCGGUGUGUAACAUGGUGGUGUGUUGAAUAUGCCCGAUCCAAAAUCAGGCAUAUUCUUGGCCAGAUUAUCAAAGCCUGUGGGGUUUUCCCUGACUGGGAGUGAAACUCAGCCUGUUGAAUGUGACAAGUAGCCAAUCAGAAAGCGCUGUGACGUAAGAACGGAGUGGAAUCCCAAAUAGUUGACAUGGCGCAACUGAAAGUCCGGUGGACAUCGGAGCCCACCAUGGAAGAGGCAGACCUGCUGAAGGAGAGGCUCCAGGCAAUCACAGACAAAAGAAGAAUCCAAGAAGACAUUGCCAAGAAAAGAAGACAGAUUGAAGAGGAGAAACUAAAACUCCAGUACAUCAAGAAAAAAUCCCUGCGGGAGCAGUGGCUGAUGGAUGGGCUGAGUCAGCAGUCGGAGGAGGAGCAGCAGGCCAUGAGGCUCCAGGCUCAGGAUGAGCAGCAACAGAGUGACCAGCUGCAGAGCAACAUCCUCAGAAUAGAACAAGAGAUCGAUGAGUUGGAACAGAAAGAGCUCAACAUCUCAUUCAAUGAAGAGAUAGUCCUGAAGCGGUUGAAAGAGGUGGAGAGGACACCUGAAGACAUCAUUAAGGAACUAAACACAGAGUUCCAGCCAGAUGUGUCAUAUUCUCCCCUCAAGACCCAAAACAUCCCAUUGUUGUUUCCUCAAAGCAAAGCAGAAAUCCCUGAAGUUAAAGAAGCUAACAGUGCUGAAACAAAACAAGCAACCUUUGCAAUUCAAAUCAGUGUAGAACAUAAUAACAGAACGGGCAGAAAUCAGGUGGUUUCUUCAGCAACCAUAAGCCCAGACACCAUUCACAAGAGAGGGUUAAAGGUAUACGAUGAUGGACGCAAGUCUGUGCACGCGCUGCCGCCGAUGGAGGACACAGUCCCUGAUGGCGCGCUGGGAGAGAUGUCCAGCACUGAAGUGGAAGAGCUUCUGCAUCAGGCCACAGACCAAACAGUGCCUGCUGAGGUUCAGUUCCAUCAGCCGGCGUUCUCUGUACCAUACACAGGAAACAGCAGGCCAGCAACGCCAAGGGCACCAAGUCAAAUACAUAAAGAAAAAUCAGCCUUUAUUCAAGAGCAGCAACCUCCACCUAAACCUCACAAGCACUUCACUUCAGGAGCCUUCCAGCCUAAUGAGGAAGCAAAGCGGCGCUGUUGUAACACUGCAGGACAAUUCAAAAAUAACAUGAAUCUAACAGGAAGAUCAGACCCUGGUGUCAAAACCUCACCAGGAUUUCCCCGCAGUCAGGCAGACGCCACCAGUGCAGAGCCUGGUGGUCCGGUGCCACUUACUGUGAGGUCUGACGUAAUGCCUGCAACCCAGCCAAUUCACUGGGGGUUAGAUCAACUUCUACCCAAAGUCAUCAGAGACUCAACCACAGCUGAUGAGACACGGAGUGACUUCGACAUCCACCCAGCCACAGAAAACACUGUGAAGCUCUUCAACACACUGCCAGAGGAAGAGGAGGAACCAGUCACGAUGAUUUUCAUUGGCUAUGAAAAUGCUCUAGAUGAAGAGGAGGAAGACAUUCAAGCUGAGCUGGUGAUCAUAGGCGACAGUGAUAGUGAAGAGGAUUACAAUGAUCACCACAAGUGUCUCAAUAAUUUGCACUACAGAGAAGAACUUCUGUCCUACCACCCAGAAGGAUGCACCAGUAAAAUCUUCCAACCCAAAGUGGGACUAGCCAGGGCUGCUGGAGGAGGACAGCCAGGUGGAGACAGCUACACACACUGCAGGGAUCUGGAGCUCCACAAGCCAACAUUCAUCCACAAGCCAGGGAAACGCAGCCGCUCCACACAGGACCAGGGCGAGGCGCAGCCUGCAGACUCAUGCUGCAUCAGACCGCAGCAGCUCUGCUUAACAACAAGAUGAGACAGAGUUCGACUAGGUUUCUUCUUCUUUCAUUGGAAUUGGUUAAUUAUAGAUGCAAACUGUGUUAUUGCCACCUCCUGGCAAAGACUUGUCAUUACAUAAUCUUAAAAUAUCCAACCUACAGUAAGUGUCAACUGGAGUCAUUUUUAACCAGCUGGCGCUUACCUGGUCUAAGUGUAUUUAUAGUAGGCCACUGCUUAUUAAUAAGAUGCUAUUUAACUAAUGUUAGGUUUUUCAUGUUUUAAAUGAAAAUGUUAGAUGGUGAAGCCGACAUGGCAAACUCAGGAUUUCCCUUAAAUCCAGUAGAAGAUGUUCAGCGUUCUGCAGAGGAUGGGUGAAUAUAGAAGCUCCUGAUUCCAGCUGAUGUCAAAAUCUGUAGUGGUAAAAAUGUUGUCAGAAAUAAUCUCUUUUUCAACCUCAAUAAAGUUGCUUUCCUGCAGGAUAAAAAGAUG